CACUGAUAUGUAUUACAUUCCCAGUCACUGUGUUUCUAAAAACCACCUCUUGAAAAUUCAGUGGUGAAGUGGUUGCUCUGGCUUAUUGCAUCUGAUGUAAACUUGGCCAAAAUGUUCUCGCCAUGGGGAUAAUAAUACCACGGUGGUAUUGUCACGGGAACUUUAGCACGCAAUAGCAGCUGAGUGUCAGGCUCACCAAUAAGAACACAGCUGGUGGCCAUCUGAGUCAUGCAUGAGGAAAUAAAUAUUCUAUACACUUAGCAGGGUAUGCCGUUAAAAAAAGUUUGUUAAGGCCGGUCGAAUUCUGUCAUUGUCGGCUGGGUUCAGCUGGUCCACAAUUUCUCAAAACAACCUGUGGUAACAGAUUGUUAAAAAGUUAAUUUACAUACUGCAGACUCCACGUUAUUGCAUCCACAAUAGUGUAUAUUUUGUUUUUGUAGUAACAUUGUUGCACUGUAAGAGCGAUUUUUGUUUUUAUUCAAAUAAAUAAUACAUUUUGUUUUUUUAUUAAAAUAAAUAAAUAAAUAAAUCUGAACAGAACUCUGAAGCAGCAUUAGACAGGCUUGCAAGCACAACUUUAUUUGGGCGGAUUUUCACGGUCUACUCUUAGUCACAAGCGAGUCCUUUUAAUACAUAUUAACCAGCUCUAUAAUACACUGUUUCUUCCUUUUCCGGGUUUCACACAAGCAUUUGUAAGCAUAAUACAUUGGCGCUUUUACAAAACAAUAAAUAAAAUAAUAAUAUGCACAGAUCAAGUCAUUUAAAAAAAACUAUUAAAAUCCCUUUAUAUAUUACUUGGGUCACAAAAUUAUGAUUUAAAUAUACAGCUUCUAUGGAGACCAAGGUGACCUACAUCCGCCAUACUGAAGUAUUGGGUUUGCACGACUUCAAUUUUCCGAUCAAUAUAAAACCCGCGCGAGGUGUCACUAACGCACUAAAUCACGUCAAUUAAGCAUCGUCAAAGUCACAGUGGUCAGGUCUGCACUGGAUUAUAAAGAGCUUCUCUUCUGUCAGUGAAAGAUGUCUCAGGAUAUGAAGGAGAAGCUGGAAAAGUACCGCACGGCUCCCUUUGAUGCCAGGUUCCCCAACCAGAACCAAACCAGGAACUGCUGGCAGAACUACCUGGAUUUUCAUCGCUGCCAGAAGGCUCUGACUGCCAAAGGCACUGAUGUUACCCCAUGUGAUUGGUACCAGAGGGUGUUUAAAUCAUUGUGCCCCGUAUCCUGGGUGUCUAAGUGGGAUGAGCAAAGGGAGAACGGGACAUUCCCUGGAAAAAUCUAACACCAAUUCACUAGAUCUGCAUCCCAAAAAGGCACUUCCAAGACAACGUGGGGUUGGUUAGAUCUUCCCAAGACGUUAUCCAAGCUCUUGUGAAAAAUGUGUUAUGGAUUAAAAAAAUGCACUUUUGAUCUUUAAGGGUUCAAACAAUAAACUUUCAUGAAAUAA